AUGAAUAAUACAGUCGUAUUACUUGCAUUAUUGAUAGUUUGUGUUGGUACUGCUAAUAGUCUUGAAUGUUAUUUUUGUGGAGACACACCCGCAAACGCCUGUCCUUUUCCAUUCCAUUCAGGUAAACCAUAUGUGCGAACAGCAUACUCGUCUACUGGAUAUUGUGCUAAAAAAAGCGCAACUGCAAUUCCUGGCGAUAGAGCUAGUCGAGGACCUGCAGAACCUGGUCUUUGUAAUGGUGGAUCCGGAUGUAGAUAUACAUCUCCAGGUAUAUAUACUUGCUGUUGUUGGAGCAAUCUUUGUAAUACAGGAACUAUUACAUCGAAAUCAACAAUCACUAUACUGUUCGGUGCUUUAACAUUACUUUUAUUCAAUCGAUAUGUUUAA